GCGGCGCCUCUUUCGACCCUCGGCGGACGCCGUACUGAAGAGAGAGAGAGAGAGAGAGAGAGAGAGAGAGAGAGAGAGAGAGAGAGAGGACGCGAUGUUCGCAGAGCUAAACGAGCUGCUCGGAGCCUCCGUCGAAAAGCCGGAGCAGGGCAAGCUGACCUUGCUGUGUGCUGACAAGACCGAUGCCAGCUUCCUGCUUCACCAUUUUCUUUCCUUUUAUUUGAAAGCUGGCUGUAAAGUCUGUUUCGUGGCCCUUCUGCAGUCCUUCAGCCACUACAACAUAGUGGCCCAAAAGCUGGGAGUCAGCUUGGCUGCGGCCAAAGAACGAGGCCAGCUUGUGUUCUUGGAAGGGCUGAAAUCCUCCAACGACAUAUUGUUUGGGGAGCAGCAGCAACAGCAGCAGCAGCAAGAAGAGAUGGGUGAAGCCUGCCCUUUCCAGUUCCUCAGCGGUGACGGCUCAAACCUGAAAGCCCUUUAUGAGUUUGUCCGGAGUGCCCUGAGCCCUGCUGCUGGCGGAGACUCGUGGAAAUGCCCUGUUCUGCUCGUGGACAACCUUGGCAUCUUGCUGGGCCUGGGUGUGAGACUGGCGGACAUUCUCGACUUCAUCCACUACUGCAGAGUCACGGUGAACGCUCAGCUUAAGGGGAACUUGGUUGUGAUGCUGCACAGCAGCUCCGACUCGGAGGACGAGGAGAACGAGCUGCUUGUGAAGGCUAUCCGUCACCAGAGCAAUCGGAUCCUAUGGGCAGAAGGACUGGCGACUGGCUACUGCAAAGAUGUUCACGGGCAGCUAUCGAUCAUCCAGCAGAGCUCAUGGGAGAGGAAAGCGGAGCGGGACCUUCUGCGCAUUUACCAGUACAAGAUCCAGGACAGGAACGUUGUGUUUUUCGCUCGUGGGAUGUCGGCAGCUGUGCUGUGACUUUCUGAGGGUGGGGGGAAAGCUUGGUGCAGGGGCAAUGGAGAGGGAGCGGCUCUCUCCUUGGGAAAAUCUCGAGGCAUCAAGAGAGGGACAGAAGGAUACUCCUGUGCAGAGGUGGCUUUUGCAGUGACAGUUCAGUCACUGUGGUGUUCUGUUGGGGUUUGAUCCGGGGCAGAACAGGGCACUGGCUUCCCAGCACUGUCUGAUCUUGAAUUUGUUCUGAGCUGCUCUGUGGACAAUGUCGAAAACAAGGAAAAGACUGAAACCAGCUCUGCAGUAGUUUGGGGCCUCUCACUAAAAAGAACUGGCGCUCCAGCCAGCCUUGGUGUUGCGCCAGGUGGUCUUGGUAGGUUCGCCGGCUCUCGAGUGGAUGUCGAAAGAGAGCAAGGCAGGUCAGGAGGCGGAGGCCACUGAAAAUGCUCCGUGUUCAGUUCUGUACAGGUGCUGUGCCCAUCUUUGCAGGCUGUCGGGUCGCCCAAGAUACCAACACAACCCAGCCUUUAAGUAUGCUGCGGACGGAAGGCAGAAAAUGACUUGCGUGCAGAUAACUCGGGGAAGUGAGCCAAGCCGCACAGUCGGAUUAAAGGGGCACCAGAGUACCCCUUGUAGUUAAGGCAGGGAGCUCAAAGUUACUUUCUGCAAGGAUCACAAUCAAUUUCCCCAUGGGUAACUCGGUCAUGCAACCAAGUCACUGUAACCUGAUCUGUACUUGAUGUCACAUCAGAAGUCAGGGAAAACAGAAGUUUGGGGGAAACAGCCUUGCAGGCCGCAUUAGGAGCCUUGCAGGGGCCCAAUGUGGGCCCCGAGCUGGUGGUUCCCAACCCCUGGCUUAAGAAAGACAGGACCAGGACAACAAGGGACACCUCUGCUCAUCCCAGGCACUCCAUUCUCCUCAUCUGGAUUUGGGCCUGAAAGCAUGGGGAAUCUCUGACAUUGCCCAACGUCAUUUCUGAUCGCAGGACAGGUCUGUUAAGGCCUCCACCUUAACCCAGCAGAAUCGUGAGACAGCCUUAACUCCGGCCUUAUACCAGCAGGGUUUUUGACAACCGAAUAAACACGCCAUUCAAGACCAGUUGCAGAUUUCGUGCUUGUUUGAGCCAAACCUGUUCUCUUCUAUCUAGAGAGCCAGUGUGGUGUAGUGGUUAAGAGCAGUAAACUCGUAAUCUGGGGAACUGGGUUCGCGUCUCCGCUCCUCCACAUGCAGCUGCUGGGUGACCUUGGGCUAGCCACACUUAUUUGAAGUCUCUCAGCCCCACCCACCACACAGGGUGUCUGUUGUGGGGGAGGAAGGGAAAGGAGAUUGUUAGCCGCUUUGAGACUCCUUCGGGUAGUGAUAAAGCGGGGUAUCAAAUCCAAACUCUUCUAGUUUGGAUUUGCAAUGCAGCCUUGCAAACUCUGUUGGGAUGCUGCUGUCCACUGCUGUCCUAACUGCUCUCUUCUCCUUAAUUUCCCUAUUUAUAGGGACAGGGCUUAAUGACUCUCUCCAGUCAGCAGUGACCUUUUCUCUAAGAAUCCAUCUCAAAGAGAGGAAGGCCCCGACUAUUAAUCACUGGGGGCAGAUUGCUGUGUUUCCUUCGGCAAGCAGCGUUAAGUUAAAGAUCUCUGCCAAGUGGAACAAAUAGGCCAGUCCCAGAUCUCCUUAAUGUAUCCGUCUUCUGCUCCUGGGAGACAAGAGUGUGCAAGCUGAAGAGCCAGGCACCAAUUGUGAUGUUAGAGCCCUGCAGUACCCUCAACCUCUUUCCCCCUUUGGACUGCCCGCUCUCCCUCCGGAGUCCGCUGGGCUGCCCCACGUUACCUGGGAAAGGGUCUGGCUAUACUUCAAUGGCUCUAACGGGGUUUCAAAACAAUUCCUUCAACUGGUAAAGCUGCCACCACCCGGGGGGGGGGGGGCUCCUUAAAGUCCUCCGGGACCAAUAAUACACGUUCAGCCUGGUAGAGGGCAAAACAGCCUAGGACUGGGUUUAGCAAUGCAACCAGAAAGGACCAAGAUCCACAAAGAAAUAUCUUUCAACUAUUUAUUAUAAAACAGUUAAACAAAGUAAAAUGCAACAGUUCUCAAGCAAUGGGAAUACAAAGGUAAAACAAGAAAAAUAUAACUAACUUACGGAUACAAACUUAAGGCAAAGUUGGAACCAAGACUGCAUCUCUCCAUCUCGGCAAAUUGCAGUCAAGAGCCAUCGGCAGACCUCAGUCUCUCUUGGGCUCUUUGAAGAGAAACAGGACAGCAGUACCUUGCUGGGCCAUUUUGCAAGACAAAAGGACAAUAGAGCCCACCUCUAACAGACUUAAAUCCCCAAAACUCUUGAGGUAUUCCACGUGGGCUUAUGGAUCAUUAGCCAAUCUACGUUAGAGUUGAUGUUUGAAUAAUCCAAUCAAAAGUUCCACAACCGUUUGGCUUGUCAAUCAAUUAGAGGCUACACAGAUGUCUUGUGUUUACCCAUUAAUCAACCUGCAGGGCAAUUAGCGCUUUCGGUUCCCAGACCACACCGGACAAGCCUUCCUCCCUAAUUUCUUAUCGCACAGGAAUGGGAGAUUUCACAGCUGCAAGGUUGGGGAAAUUAUACACGGGAUCAAAGAACAGAAUAGGAGUCAAAGAUCCUCUUUCUCAGGGUUCAAGAGUUUAGAUUCCCAGGCCAUUCUCUCAUUUCGAUGGCCAGGGUCCCAUGAGGCUUUGCGACUCCC